AUGACGUCCCCACUCGCGCUCGUCGCGUCUUCCGCCGCGAGAGCGGGGCCUUCGAAAGCGGGCAAACGCAACCGCGGAUCCCGCCGCGUCGCCGCGCGCGGGACCGCGGCGCCGUCCAAGCCGAAGAAAAAGAUCGUCGAAUCUUCGAAACGAACCCCGAAACGAGACGCGCCGGAGCGCGCGGCGGCCGACAUGGCGCACGCCAUCACGGACGAGGACUCGUACCCCGCGUUCCUCGUGGAGUACCUCGAGAUGGCGUGUCGCCCGUCCCCGGAGCCGACGUCCCGACGCGAGGCGCUGAGCCGCGCCGCGGCCGCGUGCUCCCUCGGAGCGGUCUCGUCGAUGAUGUCCUUCCCGACGCAGCCCGCGGCGGCCAUCUACAACAAAGAUCUCGACAUCCCCAUCACCGACCCGACGCAGGCGAUGGCGACGGUCUUCGCCGCGCGCGCGGCGGUCCAGGACGUCCUCGCGCAGAUCGCAGACUUCGAGGAGACGUGCCCCGCGCCCGUGUUCCCGUGCGACCUCUCGCAGCUGUCCGUGAAGGCGUCCACGCGCGUGAGCGGCCCGCUGAAGCGCGCGCUCCCGACGCUCUCCGAGGCGUACGGCGCCGACCCCUACGCGGUGCAGGAUAUCAUCCAGAGCGUCUCCACCUGCGAGGCGAUGCUGUACGCGAACAACGCGCGAGUGAAGGUGGAUUUCAAAGGGCCGACGACUUUUUUCAACCUCGUCGACGACUCCAUCGAGGCGCUGCUGAGGGAGUGCCCGGAGGAGGCGGUGGCGGCGGGGAGGGCGCGGUACGACGCGUGCGACCUCAGCGUCGCGCCCGAGGCGGAGGGGGAGAUCGAGUGCAGGCUCGCGCGGGCCAUCUCGAGCGGCGCGCGGCCGAAGGGCGGGAUGGGGUGA